CCCUCAUGGCGCCUAAAUCCUUUCCAUGCCGACAAGCCCGCCCUGGGCGCACGAGUGGAUGCUUGGCCGGCCUUUCCUGGGAUCGACCCCGCCGCCGUGCGCAGCCCUCACAGCGUCCCCAUCCCACUCCACGCCUCACAGCCGGGAUUCCUGGCCAGCUUCGGAAGCCACCGAGAAAUAGGAUUCCGUGCGCCCGAGAGAACUUUUCCAGGGGCUAAGGAAUUGGCCAGCCGGAGGCGCGAGAAAAGUUCUGGGAAGGCGGUUGCACCUAGGAUGGGCGGAUGCCACGGGGCCUCCGUCCAGGCUGUCCCGUCAGGACGGGGCGACUGGUCACCUUGGAAUCCCCUUUGCAGGUCCCAGCGCCCCCCAGGAACCCGCAGCCUCCGCGGAGAGAGUGGGCCUCUCCCUGCAGCCGGCGCGCAGCGCAGUGCACGCCACAGGGUGGUCGCGGGGGCCUGGGCACCGCCCCCAGUCAUGCGCCGCCGGGGGCUGCGGCGGCGCUGCCAGCCCCAGAGAGCCCUUGGCCUGGGGCUCCGGCGAAGCAAGUGCCUUCCCCGCGCCGGUCGCCAGGGGGGCGCGGGAGCAGCCAGAUGCGCCGCAGCGCUGGGAAGGCGGCGAAGGACGGGGGCUAGGGGAGUGAGGGGCGCUCGGUGGGCAGUCUCAGCCCGGGCCCUGCGCGGGAGAAGGGACAGCAGAGACCGCCCGUGGGGUCCCGGGGCUCAGGGAGCUGUCCUUUGAGCACUGGCGCCCGCCUCGCCCGCGGCAGAGGGCGGCACAGCCAGAGCCUUAGAAAGACCGGCAGCGCCCGCGGCCGCGGGCUUCUCGGCCACUGCCUCCCGGACGCAAGGGAAGCCGCCCCCCGCGCCUCCGCCGCCGCACUGCCGCCGCCGCAGAGGGGUGAGGAAAUGAACUCACCCAGCUCUGGUCGCCGAGAAGAGGAGCACCGGACGCCGGCUCUCGCCCUGCCCGAGGCUGCAAAGUUGUGGGCUCGGCCCGGCUGGCUUGCAGCCUGCGCUUCGCUUCGGGAACUGGGCAGGUAGCGGGGAUGUGGGGAGGAAGGAGCGGGCAGCUGCUGUUUUCCCACUUGGGCGCCAGCGAGUAGGGGCAAGGAAGCGGCGGGGACGGCAACUGGGCACCCCCCAGCCCCGCCACCCCUCCCUCCGCUCCUGGGGGCGGUGCUCUGACCGCCAGUCUCAGCAUUGUGGACUUGCCCCCUCCUCCCCCCUCGAUUCCCCUUGAGCGGGCUGGGGCGCUCUGCCUGGUUUCAGCUGCCCAUUCCAGCUGGGAGAUUGGGAUUCAGCCCUGAUGUGGAUUCUCCAGACAUCAUCCUGCCUUUCCCUCUCGGCUAUGCCCCACGACCUUCCCUGCUCUCCACUCGGACUGAAGGAACCCUGGGGGUUUGAGAGGUCGGCUUGCCAGGGCAACACCCGUGAAGACCAGCGUCAUCUCCUCGGAAGGGCUGUGUACAGAGGAUUGGGAGUUGGGACUCUGGAGCCUGUCUACCUGGGUUUGAAUAUUCACCAUUCACUACUGUGAGAUCUCAGAUUCCAGUUUCUUCGUCUGUAAAUUCCAGUGUAAUCUUAGAUUCCAGUUUCCUCAUCUGUAAAACAGAGAUGUGAGGGUUAAAUGAAAAUCUAUGUAAAACCCUUAAACAGGGCCUGCCCAGGGCAAGCACUGCUUGAUUAGAUCAUAAUUAGAGACACUACUUAUCUCGCCCCUGCUAGGUAGCAGGCACUGCACUAAGCCUUUAGCAUAAGACGCUUCCUUAAUCCUCUCAGCCUGAUCUACGAAGCUGGCUGAGCCCCAUUCUGGGGAUGAGGAGGUUGAGGCUCAGAGAAGCUAAGUCGCAUGUCUAAGGUCAUACAGCCAUUAAGUGACAGAGCCUGGACUUGAACUUUGUUCUAGUGUUAAUGCUCCUGCUCUCGGCCUCCACACAACCCAGCAUCACCCUGGGACCCAUGGGUGUCCCUGAUUUGGGAGAAGGAAAGACAAUGGGAGUUUAUCCAGACACAGAGCUUGAACUUGGAGCUGCUUCUUCGGGCCCCACCCCCACCUUCCUAUUUCUAUUUCCUUCCCCUUCCAGGGCUCCGCUAUUCUAAGGUGGGUACCGUGAUGCACCAAGAGGGUAGUCACACCAGUGUGUAUCAAAUAGUGGGGGGCGGGGGGAGCAGAGCCUUAAAAACAUCAAACACUGCAGAAAUAUUGGUGCCAUCACCAUCCUCAAUUUCCUGGGUGUCAUAGCUCACCUACCUGCCCUGUUCCUCUCCUCUGGGUGAUGGCAUACUUAAUAAAUAAAUAAGUAUUUAUUGC